CCUCAGAUAUGAUUGGGCAAUUAGACGGUGAUAGAUCCGCUCUUGGCGCAAGCCCGACAUGCCUUAGAGAGCUACGAUGUGCUAGGCAUGUCGGUGGGAAAAGAUCAAGAAUGGGGGGUAGGUGGGGAGCUUUCCUCGCAUCUGUGAUAGAAACCAUUCGGCGAAUCGUUCCAAGAUCAACCCUAGCUUGCCGUUCCCGUAUGCGGCUAUCGCCUGCUGUGGUGCUACCCAGCUUGCCUAGCUAUAUGUAUGCAACCCUGCGAUGAGCGGGGCUGGAAGGGAGAGAAGAUUUAUUAAUACUCGGACUGCAUCUUCCCACCGUCUUCGCUUCUCUUUCUAGAGGUUUGUUGGAUCGCUCUUCCGGUUGGCUAGCCUCGUAGGUAUAAUCUCACUUUACUAUUGGGUAUUUAUCUAUCGAUACCUGAAAAAGAAAAGCCAAGUCAAGCCAUGGCGUUCAAGGCGCUUCUCCUCUCGCUCGCGACUCUCCCGCUCGCUAACAGUGAGACUGUCCUUGGUGUCUAUAUCUUCCAUCGUCAUGGAGACAGAUCGGCCAAAGCCCUCGCGCCGACGAACCUAACCGCUCUUGGCGCAGACCAGGUGUUCCAGUCCGGCACUUACUACCGGAACAAGUACAUCUCAUCCAAUGCCAGCACGCCGAUUUUGGGGCUCAGCAAUGACAUUGCCGUCCCCACGCAGCUGAGCGUCAUCUCGCCCGCCGACUCUGUGUUGCAGAGCUCGUCUUUGGCUUUCCUGCAGGGUAUCUACCCACCCGCCGGCAGCAACAGCGUGUCUGUCCUGGCCAAUAAAUCCGAGGUCGUCGCUCCGCUUGGCGGGUACCAGUACAUCCCCGUGUCGACGAGCUCCGUUACUUCCAGCAGCGCCGACUCCGAGAACAGCGAGUGGCUGCAGGGCGGGUCCGGGUGCGGCAAUGCGGUGGUUAGCUCGAACAACUACCUCGUGUCGCCCGAAUACACGUCGCUGCUCAGCUCCACCAAGAGCUUCUACGCCAACCUGCUCCCCGUGUACAACGCGACGUUCAGUGCCAGCCAGGCGACGUUCAAGAACGCGUACACGAUCUUCGACCUGGUGAACGUGGCGACGAUCCACAACCAGAGCAUCCCGGACUCGCAGCUGCUGACGAACGAGACGCUGUUCCAGCUGCGCACGCUGGCGGACAACCACGAGUGGAACCUCGCGUACAACAGCAGCGAUCCUAUCCGCGCGAUCGCGGGCGCGACGCUGGCGGCGCAGAUCUUGCAGCAGCUGAACGCGACGCUGACCGAGAAGGGCAGCACGCCCGUCAGCAUCCAGUUCGGCGCGUACGCGUCCUUCAUGUCCUUCUUCGGGCUCGCGCAGCUGCAGAAGGUGUCGGUGGACUUCACGGGCGUGGUGGACUACGCGUCGUCGAUCGUGUUCGAGCUCGUGACCAACGCGACGGGCGCGUCGAGCGCCAACUACCCGAGCGCCGACGACGUGAGCGUGCGCUUCUACAUGGCGAACGGCACGGCGGCGAUCCACGAGCCGCAGGUGUACCCGCUGUUCGGGCAGAGCGAGACGACGAUCCCGUGGACGACGUUCGCGGACGAGAUGGGCAAGAUCGCGAUCGGCGAUACGCAGAGCUGGUGCGCGGCCUGCGGCAACACGACGGGGAUCUGCGCUACUGCUGCUUCGUCCUCGGGAUCGGGAUCGGACGGCAGCGGCGCGGACGCGUCGUCGUCGAAGUCCGGGAACGGCGUUACGCUGCCGGUGGCGGGCGUUAUCGGCGCGCUGGUCACGCUCGUGGUUAUUCUGGGAGUGGAGGGCUUGGUGUACGCGCUGGCGGGCUUGAAGCUCGUGAAGAAGUCGACACUGGCUGCUGCGGCGGCGGGGGCUGGGAACGGGGCUUCGGCUACGAGUGCGGCGGCGGGGGCGAAGGCUUAGGAGGGAUGUUUUCUGGGGGUGAGGUGGAGGUGAUACCGGGGAGUGACGAAAUACGAGACAAGAUGAGAUGAUGUCUUCGGAGGGUCUCUGCAAUUUAGUGAUGCGUGAUGAAUAGAAGCGAAGGAUCUUCGUAUAUGUGUGAUCUCUAAUGAAUAUAGUUUCGAUGUUUAUAACUUCUUUCGUUGUUAUUAAUUACCUAUAAUUGAAGUCCUACUCGUUCGUCUAUAUGAAGCAGUAAGUGAGGAUUCAUCCGAGAUCGUGAGGCUUGCUUACUUUGAUAGGAGGUUGUCAUGUUGAUUCCCUUCCAGCCGAUUUGAUGGUUGAUGAAUAUUUUAUAUAUGGUAGAUAUAUCAA